AUGAGAAUGACGAACACGCGACUUUUGCCGCGCCACGCUCGACAUGCGUUGGCGUUAGUGCUACUGUACUGUGCCCAAAAGACUUUUGGCCGCUCCCUUCUCGCAGCGUUCGUGCGCUGGUACUUGUUGCGUGCGGCUGAAACGCCUAAACUUGUGUUCCGAGCCACACCAACAAACACGAAACUGCUGUCCCUCUGUCCUUCUAUUACAAAACGCAAGUACCAUCCGCCGUGGCAUCUAUUCAACGGACACCUUCAGACCGUUCGAUUUGCAUACGACAAUCGAGGACCGCAGAUCAAGUAUAGACGUCAGUUACUCAAAUUACCGGAUGACGGUGUCGUUUCCCUAGAUUGGGCACUGUUGUCGGACUGGAAAGAUACCUCGACUGGGACAACGGAAGUAGCGUCAAGGGCUUGGCUACCCGAGGUACAGCCAACACGUCGUACAGUGAUUUUGUUGCCUGGUCUGACAGGCGGUAGUUCGGAGAAUUACAUUCGUAUCACUAUUGCGCGAUUGCUCGGAUCGGGCUGGCAAUGUGUGGUGUUGAACGCUCGAGGAUGCGCUGACACACCGGUGACUACUGCUCAACUCUUUUGUAGUGCGUACACGGACGAUCUUCGCUUUGUGCUGCAGCAAUUGAGCGAGCAGUAUGAUUUUGCUUGUGAAGCAUUUGUCGGAGUUGGCUUUUCGAUGGGAUCGAAUGUUCUGGUCAAGUAUUUGGGUGAAGAUGGUGAUCGAACGCCAUUAACGGGGGCGAUCUCAAUCGGAAACCCUUUUGACCUGGCGAUAUGCUCGGCAAACUUUGGUGGCUCGCUGUUUAAUCGGAUGACGUAUGAUAAAGCCCUGAACAGCAAUCUUCGCGAACUCUUUUUUGACAAGUGUAAUGCGGCUGAGCAGUUUACGGACUUCCCAGGUGUGGACUUGGAGGCAAUAAAAGCCACACGCACAGUACGGGACUUUGAUGACACUCUCACUAAACAUGUGUUCCAUUACGACACGGUUGAUGACUAUUACAGCGACGCGGGGUCCGUAAAAAAGCUUGGCGGUGUUCGUGUGCCGUUGCUGUGUAUCAACGCAGAGGACGACCCGAUAAGCGUCAGCCGAGCUCUGCCGACAAUCGACGUAGUGGAAGCCAAUCCAUAUGUGAUUUUAUGCACAACCAAGUCGGGUGGUCACUUGGCCUUUUACGAGAGCUCCCUCAAGACUGGAAGCAAUUGCGAAUCCAAUAUGUGGACCGUGUAUCCUAUAGCCGAAUUCGCCGAGGCUGUACGGAUGAGCAAGGUCGUCGGACAGGAUGAGUUUUCUAGAGGCAAUCUAGUGUCUACUGUUCUCAAAAGGUCAAGUCGUCCAUGA